AGAUUGACGUGACAGACGUAAACAUUUGUAUCCACUUAUCCAGGAUAUGCUAACAAAUAAAAAUGCCUUUAAUUAUACUAUGUGGUACACCUGUUAGUGGAAAAACGACUCGGGCGAAUCAAUUAAAAGAAUUUUUCGAGAAAACGCACAAUAAGCAUGUCGACAUCGUUUCAGAAGAAGAAACAAUUAUAAAGCUAGGUUAUGAGAAAAAUUCUACCUAUCUCGAUUUUCAGAAAGAAAAGAGAGUUAGAGGGUAUUUGAAAUCUGAAGUAAUACGGCUAAUUAAUAAGGAUAACGUAGUUAUAUUGGACGGAAGCAAUUAUAUCAAAGGAUACCGCUAUGAAUUAUACUGUGCAUCAAAAGCUUCCAAAUCAACACAAUGUACUGUUUACACAAUAAGAAAUCACAAUGAUGCUUGGAAGGACAAUGUAUUACGAAUAAAUAAAAACGAAAAUAAUCAAGACAGUAGUGAUGAUAAUAUUAACGGUAGUAAUUGUGAACCAUAUACAGAAGAAGUUUUUAAUGCUCUCACAAAAUUAAGAUUUGAAGAACCUAACCAGAAUAACCGAUGGGAUAGUCCACUAUUUACCGUGCAACCAGAUAAUGAAUUAGAUUUAGAAGCAGUUUACAAAGUUCUGUUUGAAAAGAAACCGCCUCCGCCCAACAUGAGUACACAAAAUCCUCCCCUCAGUUCAACAAACUUUCUAUAUGAAAUAGACAAAGUAACUCAAGCCAUUUCAAAACACAUUCUCGACUCGAAACAGUUAAAUCUAGACACAGUGAAGUUUCCAGACUACCCAGGGUGUGAACUUGAAGUGGGUUUCAUGAACACAGUCAACCCACAGAAAUUAUUAAGACUACGAAGGCAGUUCUUGACUUACGCUAAAAUGAAUCAUUCAAACGAGGAUGCUAACAAAAUUGGAAGAUAUUUUAUACAAUAUUUAAAUAAAACAUUAACAGAUUGAAA